UUUAUCUUUUAACAAAGACUUUUAAGUAGUACCUGCCUACGCCUUAAUUGUACUUAAUUAAAAAUUCUCAUAAUAUCUAAUGCCAAAAGAAGGACUAUUUUUAACUGUGUAGCGAUGGUUCAAUAUUGCAUUGAGCACUGGCUUUUGAGCAAUUUUAUUGAGCCAAUAGCAUUAAAUUUGGAAUUAAAGAACCACCACGCACUGAUGCAUAUAAAUGUACAUACGUACAUAAUAUGCAUUUGUGGGAUAUUAAAAAUAUUUCUUUUCGCCCCCUUCACACAGAAGCCAGAUCCAAUUAAAUGACCCUAUUGUAUUUCUUUGAUAGGUUUCAAUUUUGAGAGUGAAAGUCACAUCAUUGAGGGUGUACCCUGCUACCAAAUAAAUCGAUUUUAGUACUAAAAGGCAAUACAACGUGACUUCAAAAUAGUUUGAUAAAUAUGUAGAAUACAUACAUACAUAUAUGCAAGGAGGAUCUAACAAUUUAAGAGAUUGGAGUAUAGGAGAAGACUAGCUUGAGAGGCUGCAGGUAAAAUUUAUUGCGAUGGUGGGAAUCAUCAUUCUCCACUCUGAAGCGUAAUUCUCAUCCAUUACACUCGUUAAGCGCAACUUUCUUGAACAAAUCCCAACAGAAAUAUCAUCAAAAUUACUUUAUAACUAGUGGGAGCCAUAUAAACCCCCACAAUGGUGUACACACAGUCAUAUAUUAUGCGAAAUUCUACGGGGGGUUGAAGAACACUAUGUGGGCAAAACUUUCUGUGGCUUCUGCAAUGGUUAUAAGUGCGAGAAAUUGCGGGAGGACCCAGGGCUACUUAUUGGGUAUACAUAGUAACUAUGUGAGCUAGCUAUGUGUGGAUGCUGUCAUGGUCAUCAAUUGCCAUUAAUUUGUGAACUCGAGGUGUAAGCACCUUUUGGCUAAAAGUCCGUAUAGUAAUCAAGUGCAUUUUGGGUACGAAAUGGUCAUUCUGUGAAAUAAGCAAACUUUCUUUAUUACACUACCUAUACCUACUUAUUUUUUUUUCCUUCACACCCCUCAAUGUUAUUCUCAAUCAACCGAAUAAUUCACUCAUCAACAUUGAUAUCACGCCCUCACAUUAUAGUCCUUUCAUGAUGCCAUGGUAUUCAUGAGAUAAGUUUUGAGAAAAAAUCAGUUCUGCUUACUUAACUUUUAUCACAUUCAUUUCAUUUUUUUAUAGAACUUCUUUUAAUUUUAUCUUAUUUGACAAAACAAAAAAUAUCUCUUCAAAAUGAAAUUAAAACUUCAAUGUCUUCCAAUUUAAUAUAUUUCUUGACCUAUCGUCUUCUAUGUUAUCUGGUCUAAGUCACGUUGAAAAAAAUGUACAUUACAUAAAUGUUGUAUAUACAAUAACAUUUUCCUUGAAGUCAAAAGUUUCAUAUGGCGACCUCAACUAUACACACAUACACAACACACAUUCCAUUUCCACCCACAUUUUGUUUAUGGCUUAGAGAGAAGAUGGAAAAUUUAAUGUAAAUGUAAAAAGUAUGUGGUCUGUUUUUUUUUUCUGUACCAUACCUACUUCAAAAGCGAAACGCUCUUAGGUUCUGAAGGGGCCAUAAAAACAAAACUUUUUCAAUAACAAAAGUCAAAUAAACCAAUUUCUUUGCCCCCUACCCACUUCGCCGAUCGAAGAGUAAUAAAAAAAAAUUGUUGAUUCUUUUUUAAGAAUAAAAAAGAAAUAAAGUUCUUAUAAGAUUAAAAUCUUAGCGAUUGAAUGUGCAAUUUUUCGUAUUUUAGCUGUGAUUUUUAUACAUUUAAAAUUGCAUUAAUAUUUGACACUAUUUUUUUCUAACGUUUAAUGUUCAUUUUCUAACGGCUGAAAUUUCCCUAGUUUUAAACCCAGAUUUUUUUUAUUCGGUUUUUAAUUUAAAAAAACCUGAAUAAGACUCUCAAGCACUAUCCUCCCAUAUAGCUAUCCCAUUUAUUUACAAACAUAAUUAAUUCUAAAAAAAAAAUCACAAAAUUAAAUUAACUUAAACAGAGUUUUAAAAAAAUGAUCAUGAGAGAGGAAUCAAUAAUUCCAUUCAAGUAGGAUUUCAAUGUUCACCCUGCUAAAUGAGGCUGCUGCAGCUCAGUCUUCGUAGCUCUUUCUUCGUCCCUGCCCUCCAAUGGAGAGGAGAAAGUCAUCGACAGACGGGCAGCGUCCUAUUUUUCGGGGCAGAUGAUGUACCCCGUGCCCCCGCAUUACAUCGCCAACGGGUACCAUCAUCCACGUGCGCAUGCCCAUCGCGAAAAUUCACCGAAUUGAGAACGAAAGAGCUUGAGACAGUGCAUCGAAUGUCAACGGACGGUUACCCGAUGACGGCCAUCGCUAGUUCGCAGAUGCAGAUACUACGCAAGGCGCAUUGAUUUCGGAGCAACUCACCCGCCAUCCAGUCGAUGGUCGCUCGUUCUGACACUCAGACGCUCGCAAGUGUAUGUCAGUUGGUGCAAAAUUGCGCGAUUAUCUCCCAGAAAAUCAGCAAAAAACUCUCAAAUUUGGGUUGUUCCUUUACCAAUUUAUGCGCAAUUAAUGUGCAAUUAUUCAGUUUGUGCAACAUUUAUAUAGUUUUAUAUAAAAAUUACAAUUUCUCCACGAGUGAACAAACUAUAUGGAAUUUUAAAGGGAAAAAAAGGACACGUCCCAGAAAUUUAUCUGGUGGAUGCAUGGCCGAUUUUAGGAAUUUUUUUAACAUUAUAAUUGCUCCAAAAAAAGACUCUAAAAACGUGACUUAAGGUCAGAAAAGUACUUUAGCUGUAAAAAGUGAAGAAAAUUCUCUCAAAUCCAUGAGAAAAUGUCUACGAAAAAUGUAGAAUUUUCCAUGAAAAAGCUAUGUAUAUAUACAUAAGUGUUCAGUGAAUAUAUACAUACAUUUCUUUCAUAUAUAGCACACAAUAUUGUGUGUAGAUAUAUAUAGAGAAGUAAGGUGAAAAUAGGAAUCUGACAAUUAUAUCUCAAUCGUUAUUUGUGAGAGUUAUACGAAUUGAGUGUAAAUUGAGUGAGUUUUUUUUUUAUACAUACAUACAUACAUAUAUAACUUUUGCCAAUGGUGUAAUCAGAUAUCAACCACAAGUUGAGAAGAUUGUCUUUCUUACUCUCAAUGCGUUAAGCACCUCAUAUUAAGUUUCAGUCUGAUGUUUAUACUGUGAGAUCCGGAUUCUAGAAUUUAUCAUUAUUUAUUCCAAGAAAUCAAUUCUUAUUGUGAAUAGAGAAAAAAAAAGAAGUUUUGUGAUCAAAUCGUGUAAAAAUUGUGGAAGAAAAACGUCCACAACCAUCUCACUUAUUAGUGGAUAAAUGUACUAUGCAAUUGAUAGUUCAGAAGGCUGUCUCCUCGACGGAGUUCCGCCUUCGGCACCACCUGAUGUUCCACCGCGAAACCCCACAAUGAAUCGAAUGAAUGGUCGAGUAACGAGCAACUCCUCCGAGUUAGGAGUUGAAUUUGAACCAUCUUGCUUGGUUAGGACACCAUCAGGAAAUGUAUACAUUCCCAGUGGAAAUAUAAAUAUGAAUAAAAGUUCCCCGAUAGAUUACAAGAGUGGCUCAGGCUGCUCAACACCUACGAAAGAUACUCUCAAGAGUUACGACCGCACGUGCAUGGGGCCAGUAUUGCCACCAAGAAGCGCAAUGUGUGGACCUCCAUCGCAUCAUUAUGCAACCCCUAUGAGCUUCCGUAAAGGGUUUGCAAGUAAAUGUUCAUGGAAAUGUACUACCAUUAUUCUGGCUGUCGUUUGCUUCGGUCUACUCUCCAUACUUAUUAUACUCACAACAUCCAACGUUCUUAGUUGGUCAUAUCAGAAUUCUCAGCAAUGUACAGUAGUUGUGGAUGAAAAUCCAGAAAUUAGUGCAGCCAAAAGUGUCGUGUCAGACACAAAUCACUCAAGUGCAAGUCGCAUAAAAUCUAAUCCUGCCGCGUUAGUGCCCAAUAGUGAUGCAGCUAGUUCAUCGGCAUCCACGGAAAUUAUAGCAGCAGGACAAAAUGGAGGUAAUGUGCCCCGUCGUCGUUCAAAACGCAUUCGGCGCGGUGCUUUGCAUGAUUCUUCAACUAUUGCUACCCUUUUUGGUGUUUCUGGUGAUCACUUUAAUGUAGUUGAGUCUUUGCAUGAGUACACCACUUAUAAUUUUAAUAAGAAAGGUGAUGAUGCACAUUUAAUUGAUACAUCAGGGACAACAGAAUAUGUUAAUGAAUUGACCACAACGGAAGGGAAUGUGUCUGAUAAAGAAGAUAUUGCAGAAGGAACUAUCCAGAGUGAUAGUAAUUUUGUCUAUAGUACACUACCGGAAAUACAGAUUAAUUUAAUGGAUGAAAAUUCAAAUGCUAAAGGGGAAGAUGAUCGAAUGAUCUAUCACAAAGAGGAAGAUAUUGUCCAGACAUUUCCAGCAGAGGCAGAAAUGCAAUAUGACACUACGCCAUAUUAUGAAACAAUUGACUCUACAACAGCAUCCAAUCAAACACAAAAUACUUCCAAUACAUUCAACAGAGGCGCUCAGAGAAUUUUGGUCAAUGUGUCCAUUGGUACAGAUUCCGGAAGUGGGACACAGAAUCAUGCUAUCUAUAUGCUUCAUGUUUCUGUUCCAGCUGGAACAGAUUUUUCCCAACAAGGUGAUAGCUCCUCUUCUGAUGAAUCUCCCAUUGAUAGUAGUGAUAGUAUCGAUGAUAUUUGUCCACCUAAAUUUCCCCCGGCUCCACCCUGUCCUUGCCAAUGUAGCGAUCAAAUGGCUGCAAAUCAAAUUAAUUCACCAAACACUGAAAUCGAACCAGAUGAUUUAAGUGAAGAAGAAAAAACUACCACUCAGGGUUCAACAACAAUUGUAACUGAAAGUAGUGUACUAUCAACAGUAUCAGAAAUAUUCCAAGAGAAUACUACUAACGUAAAAAAAUGCAUGGAAAAUGUGUCCGUUCUUAUACUCGAAGGUGCUCGAACAUUUCCAGCACGAAGUUUUCCUCCAGAUGGGACAACUUUCUCACAAAUUUCACUUGGGCAGAAAUUAUCCAAAUCCAUAGAUCCGUAUGGAUAUUGGAAUAUGCAAUUCUACCAGUCAGAAUCGGCUUAUGUUAAGUUUGAUUACAACAUCCCCAGAGGGGCAUCAAUUGGUGUCUAUGCAAGGCGAAAUGCUCUCCCAACACACACGCAAUAUCAUUUUAAGGAAGUUCUAAGUGGAUUUAAUGCACGAACAACUAGGGCUGCCCAUCCUUCGGUGAGUCGUGAAGUAACGCGCUAUAUGGAACCUGGACAUUGGUUCGUAUCGUUAUACAAUGAUGAUGGAGAUGAGCAAGAGAUUACAUUCUACGCGGCAGUUGCUGAAGAUAUGACACAAAAUUGCCCAAAUGGAUGUUCUGGGAAUGGCCAGUGCCUCCUUGGGCAUUGUCAGUGCAAUCCUGGCUUUGGAGGAGAUGACUGUAGUGAUAGUGUUUGCCCAGUUCUCUGCUCUCAACGUGGCGAAUAUAUUAAUGGUGAAUGCCAAUGCAAUCCUGGUUGGAAGGGAAAGGAAUGUUCCCUGAGGCAUGAUGAAUGCGAAAUUCCCGAUUGCAAUGGGCAUGGACACUGUGUUAGUGGUAAAUGCCAAUGUAUUCGCGGUCAUAAGGGAAAAUUCUGUGAAGAAGUUGACUGUCCGCAUCCCACGUGCUCAGGACAUGGUUUCUGUGCUGAUGGUACCUGCAUUUGCAAGAAGGGCUGGAAGGGUUUGGAUUGCGCUACAAUGGACAAAGAUGCAUUGCAAUGUCUUCCCGAUUGCUCAGGCCAUGGUACAUUCAAUUUGGACACUCAAGUUUGCAAUUGUGAAGCCAAAUGGAGUGGUGAUGAUUGUUCCAAAGAACUGUGUGACCUGGAUUGUGGCCAACAUGGUCGUUGCGUAGGAGAGACAUGCUCCUGUAACGUAGGAUGGGGUGGUGAAUAUUGCAAUAUGAAACUCUGUGACUCUCGAUGUAACGAACAUGGGCAAUGCAAAAAUGGAACAUGCCUCUGCGUUAGUGGUUGGAAUGGCAAACAUUGCACCAUCGAGGGAUGUCCAUCUGGGUGCUCAACUCAUGGACAGUGCCGUGUUGGUAGUGAAGGAUUAUGGGAGUGUCGCUGCUUUGAGGGUUGGGAUGGGCCAGAUUGUGCAGUUCCCCUAGAACAGAAUUGCAAUGAUAACAAAGACAAUGAUAAAGACGGCCUAGUUGAUUGUGAGGAUCCCGAAUGUUGCUUAGGUCAUGAAUGUCGAAUGAGUCAAUUGUGUGUUUCUGCCCCAAAACCCAUUGAUGUUCUUCUGAGAAAGCAACCACCCGCCAUAACUGCGAGCUUUUUCGAAAGAAUGAAAUUCAUUAUUGACGAAGGAAGCUUACAAAACUAUGCCAGAUUGGAGACAUUUAACGAGAGCUUCUUUUGGAAUUAUUUCAAUGCAAGUCGUUCUGCCGUAAUCAGAGGCCGUGUAGUGACAUCUCUUAAUAUGGGCUUAGUUGGCGUACGCGUGAGUACAACCACCCCCCUGGAGGGUUUCACAUUGACACGUGAUGAUGGAUGGUUUGACUUGAUGGUCAAUGGUGGUGGUGCUGUAACGUUGCAAUUUGGACGGUCACCAUUUAGACCACAGACCCGAAUUGUUCAGAUUCCUUGGAAUGAAGUAGUUAUCAUUGAUACGGUCAUUAUGUCAAUGCAAGAGGACAAGGCGGGCCCAACUAUUACACACACAUGCUUUUCGCAUGACUACGAUACCAUGAAACCCGUAGUAUUGGCUACAUGGAAGCACGGAUUCCAGGGCGCGUGCCCCGAUCGGAGUGCCAUCUUAGCUGAAUCUCAAGUUGUUCAGGAAUCAAUACAGAUACCAGGAACGGGACUCAAUCUCGUCUACCACAGCUCCCGCGCUGCUGGGUACCAAUCAACGAUUAAACUUCAAUUAACCCCCGACAACAUACCGCCAACAUUAAAUUUAAUUCAUUUAAAAAUCACAAUUGAAGGAAUUCUCUUUGAAAGAAUUUUCGAAGCUGAUCCAGGUAUUAAAUACACCUAUCCGUGGAAUAGAUUAAAUAUCUACCGGCAGAAGGUGUAUGGCGUAACGACGGCAAUUGUAAAAGUUGGAUAUCAAUAUUCAGAUUGCAAAGACAUCAUUUGGGAGGUACAGACAACUAAGCUAAGUGGACACGAUAUGACAAUUAGCGAAGUUGGAGGAUGGAAUCUUGAUAUUCAUCACAGAUACAACUUCCACGAAGGAAUUCUCCAAAAAGGCGACGGUAGUAAUAUAUAUUUGAAGCAUAAGCCAAGAGUUAUUCUUACAACAAUGGGUGAUGGACAUCAACGUCCUUUAGAUUGUUCAGAAUGCGAUGGUACUGCCGCGAAGCAACGUCUUUUGGCUCCUGUUGCCCUAUCUGCUGCUGCGGAUGGAAGUCUCUUUGUUGGGGAUUUCAAUUACAUCAGACGCAUUCGAACUGAUGGUACUGUUCGUACAAUUGUUAAGCUUAAUGCAACGAGAGUAUCCUACAGAUACCACAUGGCACUGAGUCCACUGGAUGGUGCGCUCUACAUAUCCGAUCCGGAGAAUCAUCAAAUUAUUAAAGUAAAAAAUGUCGACGACUACAGCAAUCCUGAACACAAUUGGGAACCAAUUGUGGGUUCAGGUGAACGAUGCCUACCCGGUGAUGAGGCACACUGUGGCGAUGGGGCACCAGCUAAAGAUGCAAAGUUGGCCUAUCCAAAGGGUAUUGCCAUAUCAUCGAAUAAUGUGCUGUACUUUGCCGAUGGUACAAAUAUCCGUAUGGUGGAUCGGGAUGGGAUUGUAACAACCCUCAUUGGGAAUCACAUGCAUAAAUCCCAUUGGAAACCGAUCCCAUGCGAGGGGACGCUAAAACUUGAGGAAAUGCACCUAAGAUGGCCCACGGAGUUGGCUGUUAAUCCACUAGAUGAUACCCUACACAUCAUUGAUGAUCACAUGAUCUUGCGUAUGGCUCCUGAUGGGAGGGUACGUGUAGUGGCAGGACGACCAUUGCAUUGUGCAUCAACAAAUGCAGCAUAUGACAGUGAUUUGGCAUCACAUGCAACAUUAGUUAUGCCCCAAAGUUUGGCAUUUGGACCGACUGGUGAUCUCUUUGUGGCUGAAAGUGAUUCCCAGAGAAUCAACAGGAUACGUGUUAUUGGGACUGAUGGGAAAAUUAUAUCCUUCGCGGGGGCUGAAUCAAAAUGCAAUUGUCUCGAGAGGGGAUGUGAUUGCUACGAGGCUGAUCACUACCUUGCAACAAGUGCUAAAUUUAACACCAUCUCAGCUCUUGCUUGUACCCCUGACGGUCAUGUUCAUAUUGCUGAUCAGGCAAAUUAUCGCAUUCGAUCGGUAAUCUCGAGCAUACCUGAGACAAGUGCUUCGAGAGAAUAUGAAAUUUAUUCACCUGAAACUCAGGAAAUUUAUGUUUUCAAUCGUUUUGGCCAACAUAUUGCAACAAAGAAUAUUCUCACCGGUGAAACAAGCUAUACCUUCACGUACAACGUUAAUACGUCCAAUGGAAAAUUGAGUACGGUAACUGAUGCUGCGGGAAAUAAAGUUUUCCUCUUGAGGGAUUAUACGAGUCAAGUGAAUAGCAUUGAAAAUACCAAGGGGCAAAAAUGUCGUCUGCGGAUGACACGAAUGAAGAUGCUACAUGAGCUAAGUACGCCCGAUAAUUACAAUGUAACUUUUGAAUAUCACGGACCAUCGGGGUUGCUGAAGACAAAAUUGGAUUCAACUGGACGAUCAUAUGUGUAUAAUUAUGAUGAAUUUGGUCGUUUAACAUCAGCUGUGACACCAACGGGAAAAGUAAUUGAUUUAACUUUCGAUCUUAGCAUCAAAGGUGCCACAAUAAAGGUAACCGAGAAUAGCCAACGUGAGGUAUCAAUGCUGAUUCAAGGCUCAAGUGUGGUUACGCGCAUUGGUGAGGCGGAUACCAAGACUACAGUGCUGGGUGAUGGUAGUACAGCAAGUACAACACAAUGGGGACAUUCAGUCAGCAUGGAAUCCAUUCCAUAUAGUAUUUUGGCUGAAAUUGAUCCACUUUUGGGUGAAAGCUACCCCGUACCGGCGAAACAGAGAACAGAGAUUGGAGGUGAUCUUGCAAAUCGCUUUGAAUGGCGCUACUUCAUCCGUCGUGUUCAAGGCAAGGGCAAAAGUCAACGUCCUAUAGCACAAAUUGGGCGGAAACUUCGUGUAAACGGGGAGAAUAUUCUAACUCUCGAAUAUGAUCGUGAUACCCAAUCAGUUGUUGCGAUGGUUGAUGAGAAGAUUGAGCUGCUAAACGUUACAUAUGAUCGUAGUGCUAGACCCAUUAGCUUUAAACCCCAAUCUGGGGAAUAUGCAGAUGUUGAGCUGGAAUACGAUCGUUUUGGACGGCUGACAUCAUGGAAAUGGGGUGAUCUUCAGGAAUCCUAUACGUUUGAUCGUUCGGGGCGUCUAAAUGAAAUUAAAUAUGGCGAUCAAUCGUCAAUUGUGUACAGUUUCAAGGAUAUGUUUAGUAGUCUCCCAUUGAAAGUUACAACACCACGAAGAUCGGAUUAUUUACUACAGUACGAUGAUGCUGGAGCACUACAAUCACUCACAACACCGCGGGGGCAUAUUCAUUCAUUCUCCCUGCAGACAUCUCUUGGUUUCUUCAAAUAUCAAUAUUUCUCCCCAAUCAAUCGGCAUCCUUUUGAAAUUCUCUACAACGACGAAGGACAAAUUUUAGCCAAAAUCCACCCACAUCAAUCGGGAAAAGUUGCAUUUGUCUACGAUGCUGCUGGACGGUUGGAAACAGUUCUAGCUGGACUAUCAUCAACCCACUAUGCGUACCAAGAGACAACAAGCUUGGUAAAAUCUGUUGAUAUUAUUGAUCCUGGCUUUGAGCUAAAGCGCGAAUUUAAAUAUCACAUUGGCCUCAAUAAGGAGGAGAAAAUUAAAUUUGGCUCCAAGAGUGGCUUAGCAGCGGCACACUUUAAGUAUCAAUACGACGGAAAUGCUCGUCUUAAUGGUAUUGAAAUUGAUAUCGAUGAAAAAGACCUGCCAAUGACCAAGUAUAAGUACAGCCAAAAUUUGGGCUAUUUGGAAUCUGUGAGUGAUCUUAAAAUCACCCGGAAUGCCUUCAAUCGAACAGUCAUCCAGGAUUCAGCUAAGCAAUACAUAAUGAUUACGGACUUUGAUGAUCAUGGUAGGGUAAAGAGUGUGCUAAUUAAUGUAAAAGCUGCCGAUGUAUAUCGCUUGGAAUUGGAUUACAACACCCGCAAUCGCAUUAAAACGCAUAAAACAACAAUUGGUCGGGUGACAUCAUCCGAUAAAGUUACCUACAAUGCUGAUGGGCAUGUGAUGGAAGUGAUUGGGACCAAUAAUUGGAAGUAUCUCUAUGAUGAAAAUGGCAAUACUGUCGGUGUUCUAGAGCAGGGAGAUAAAACUAAUUUGGGCUAUGAUACAGGUGAUCGGGUAAUCCAAGUUGGUGAUGUUGAAUUCAAUAGCUACGAUGCUAGGGGAUAUGUGGUCCGUAGGGGUGAACAAAAGUAUCGGUACAACAAUCGUGGACAACUCAUACAUGCUUUUGAGAGGGAAAAAUUCCAAACUUGGUAUUUCUAUGAUGAUCGCGCUAGACUUGUAGCGAGUCACGAUGAAAAGGGAAAUGUAACCCAAUACUUCUAUUCACAUCCACUCCAUCCACUUCUUGUAACCCACGUACACUAUCCAAAAACCGGGAAAACCCUACGUUUCCUCUAUGAUGAUCGUAAUCUCUUAAUAGCCAUUGAGACCGAAGAUCAACGGCAGUACGUGGCAACAGAUCAAAAUGGCUCACCAAUGGCGUAUUUUGAUACAAGUGGAAAUAUAAUUCAAGAAAUUAAACGAACACCCUUUGGGAGGAUUGUCAAAAAUACCAACCCCAAUGUAUUCAUCCCCAUUGAUUUCCACGGUGGAAUUCUCGAUCCCAAUACAAAAUUAAUCUACAUUGAAAAUAGAUUGUAUGAUCCAACUGUUGGGCAGUGGAUGACACCACUGUGGGAACCACUGGCAACAGAAAUGAGCUUACCAACGGAUGUAUUCAUCUACAGAUUCCACAAUAAUGAUCCAAUUAAUCCAAAAGAACCCAUGCAGUACAUGAUAGAUAUUAAAUCAUGGCUUAAGCUCUUUGGGUAUGAUUUGAAGAUGAUUCAAGGCUCUAAAUAUACGAAAGGAAUUGUCCAUAUUCCACAAGCAACAAUUAAAUCACCCCUCUUAGCACCAGAUUUUGGAGUUAUGUCGGGACUGCAGUGUAUUGUAGAAAAGAUUGAUGAGAAAUUUUCCGAUUUUGAUUUUGUACCUAAACCCCUGUUGAAGAUGGAAUUAAAAACAAGAAAUCUCCUCCCACGUGUGGCAUACCGUAAAGGUGUAUUUGGAGAAGGUGUUCUAAUUUCCAGCAUUGGUGGACGGGCACUCGUGAGCGUUGUUGAUGGAUCAAAUAGUGUUGUCCAGGAUGUUGUUUCAUCUGUGUUCAAUAAUAGCUUCUUCCUCGAUCUCCACUUUAGUAUUCACGAUCAGGAUGUAUUUUACUUUGUCAAAGAUAACGUACUGAAGCUAAGGGAUGACAUGGAAGAAUUAAAACGCCUCGGUGGGAUGUUUAAUACAACAACACAUGAAAUUAAUGAUCACGGAAGUGGAUCACCAGCCAAAGAACUCCGGCUUCAUGGGCCAGAUGCAGUUGUUAUCAUUAAGUAUGGCGUAGAUCCGGAUCAGGAGCGACAUCGAAUACUCAAGCAUGCACAUAAGCGUGCCGUUGAAAGGGCAUGGGAAUUGGAGAAACAAUUAGUUGCUGCGGGCUUCCAAGGACGCGGUGAUUGGACAGAGGAGGAGAAGGAAGAACUAAUCUCCCAUGGUGAUGUGGAUGGAUACAUUGGAACAGACAUACAUAGUAUACACAAAUAUCCGCAACUUGCAGAUGACCCGGGAAAUGUUUCCUUCCAACGGGAUUCCAAGAGGAAGCGCCGCAAGAGUGGCAUGCAUCACCCAUCAAAUUCCAAUGUAGCACCAUCACGCCAAAGGCGUCACAAUACGUGAGAUUAAAGCAAAAAUUAGAAAUUAUUUUAGACGCAAAUUUCAGCGUUUCUUCACCUGUUUUCGUGACAAAAUGUGAUAUGAAAUUUUAAUUAACAUCUAUUAUAUUAAUAAUAAAAUGAAAUAAAAAACGAAUAUGUUUUGAAAAAUUCCAAAACAUGAAUUAUUAUACCCAUCAUAGACAAAAAUCUGCCCAAUUUGGGUAAAGUAGAGAGAAGAAAAAUCAAUGGAUAUUUAUGCUACAAAAUUAUUAGUUUUGAAGAAAAAAAAUCCCAGAGUUUGUGAUAGAAAAAAAGCAAAGAAUAAUAAUACAUCAUUUUUAAUACAGCAACUACCUAAUUUACUUGUUACGUAUAUCACAUACAAAGUUAACUACUCAAUUCCUAAUAGGUACUUAACAAAAAGUAACAUCAAAAGAAAAAAAAUAAAGUAAAUACUUCCGAGCAUUUAAAAAGAAAAUUAAUAAAUUAAUACAAAAGUUCUGUAGCAUAAAUGAUCUAAUUCAACUACUAAUUUUCGAAAAAAAAAUUAAAUAAACUUUGUAGUAAAAUAAACAAGAGAAGAAAAUAUUAAACAUUGAUGGGUAAAAAUUUGGAGAUUAAGCUGGAAAAAUGUCUCAUGUCAUUGAAAAUGAGAAAAUGUAAUUUAUUACAUGUAAAAUAUAUUUUAAAAGAAAACCUGUAUAAAAAAAAAGGUAUAUUUUCUCAGAAAGAAAAUAAUAAUAACAAAAAAGAUCAAGAAAUUAAAAUAAAAA